UGCGUUUCGUAAGAUAACAUGUACACGUCCGUGACGGCGGUCGUCGCGAGGUGCAAGACGCUGUCCGUGUCCUCCGUCGAAGACGCCAAGCACAACAUGGUUGUCGUGUGCAUUGCGUUGCUGCAUGCCGUCAACUCAAUCCUUGAACGCCUCCACCUCGAUGCAUCGCUUCACAUUGUCCUCCAAGCCGAGCAACACCUAAGAAACCUGCUACAGGCCGAGCGCUACCUCACGUCAUCACCGUCAUCCGCGGGGGACGAAGCCACCAUCACGUCCAUCCUCUUGUCAGCUUGGGCAUGGUUGCACGACCUCGCCAUGUCCGUUUUCGACCACGUGUACGCGCACAUGGCGUACGUACCCGGCGUAUCGCGGCUCGUCCGAUGGAUCCAGUGCCACUUGACGGCGGCGCCAUCCCCCACGCAAGACCGCACUGCCGUCGACACAUUGACAGCCAUAGUUCUGUCGUACACAGAGAAGGACGUUCCCGUCUCGUCUUCCCUCAACCAUCGCAUCCAGCGCUCCAUGCACUACCCCAUCAACCUCAAGCCGUUCGACGCAACCGUCCAGCUCCAAACAUCAUCUUCCUUCGCACCCCCCUCGUCUUCUUCGACGCUCAAAUCGCCGCAGUCCAUGCCCGCGUCCCCCACCGCGCGGCUCCACUGGCAGUCAUCUCUCGCGUCGUUGUCCCAAAAUGUGCUUUACCAAGUCCGUGAUCAACUACGCGCCGAGCGCGCCGCGGCUCUGACUGGCACCGCCGACAACAUUUGCAUCGUCAAGUUCAAUCGCCACGACUGCCACGCCGAACUCCAGCUCAGCUGCGGCGCCCACGCUGUGACCAAGGUCCUUCCCGGCUUGUACCGCACAGUGCGGGCGACGGCGGGAAUUCCCAUCAAUAAGGCCGUGUACUUUGAAAUGACAGUACAUGAUCGCGCCGUGAGCUGCUGCAUCGGACUCUCCCCGCGCUCCCUCCCCUGCAACGCCCUUGUUGGCACCCAAAAACACACUAUUGGUGUGUACUCGAAAUCGGGGAUGAUUUUGGCCCAUUCGAUCCAGAUUCCAGUUGCAGGCCUUGCGAGCCACAGUUCCUCUGGUGCGUCGACGUACGGCGUGCUGGUUCAUCGGGGCCGGUCCUUGGACAUAGCUACCUUUGACUGCGUCCAAGUGGUUUUUACGCACUUCGACGCGUUUCACGAUAUGGUCGUGUCGGAGCAAUGCGAGCUCCGCGUGCCGUCGUCGUUGGAGUUGUUUCCCACUGUUACAUUGGACUCGAUGCAUCACACUAUUUUAAGUCGGUUUGCCCCCACGGAUCUGGUCGUGUCUGUCGACCAGUGGGCGUUGCUGGCGUGGCAGUACCCCGCCAUUUACACGCUGGACGGGACGUUGUGCAGUGCAUACAAAGACAACUAAACAAAAUAAACACAGAAUUUAAAUUUUAUUACGG